AUGAACGGCUUAGACGAUUUGGCAAUCAAAUCCGCUUUUGUUCUCCUGGUUUCUACUCCCUGCCCUGCUGGCAGGGCAUUGUGCAGCACCCUUUCCAGCCCACCUGGGUGUGGGAGAUCGAGGAGGAGGGCAGGGGACCGACCAUCAGUGAGCAUCUGCCAUCCAGCUCCAUCCCAUCUAGAGCAACAGCAGCAGGAAUUAUCCUUUCUCCAUCUCUCCGGGGCAGAGACCCCCAGUGCCCAGCUGCAGGAGGUGGAGGCAGAGGAUGUGUCCCCAGAACAAGCCUCCAUCAGGGUCAUCCAGCAGCACCUCCAGGGCAGAGAUGAGGAGCUGACUGAAGAUCUCCCCAUGGAGUCCGAGCCAAGCUCCACCCUGUCCAGCUCCAUGGCUGCGGUUCGCAACCUCAGCAAACUGAAGCCACCGCUUGUAUUGGAGCUGGAAUCACGCCUCCUGCAGGCUGUUCUUUACACCAUUUUCACCAUGGGCACUGGGAAGGACACCACCCACUUCCGCACCUGUUCACAGAGCCUGGACAGCAUGCUCAGGAGCCUGCUGACAGAGACCCCCACCAAGGACAAGCUGCAGCGCCUCUUGGAGGUGAGCAGAUUGGGAGGCCCUUAA